GCAAAAUUGCGGGAGUACGUAAAGCGGGGCGCGUGGAGAAGAAAGGAAAAAAUAAAUGAAAGAUAAGUAAGGAUGAGAAGAAGGAGAGAGAAAAGAGCAGACUAUCGAUCGGCAACCCUAUCCGGGAAGCAGUCGCCCCCGCCGACGGUAGUGGAGUGAUCCGUUGCAGAAGCGGAUUGCAGAAGGCGUCACCUGACUUCCGCCGAUCGAUGGGCGCAUGCUCAUUCGAGAGCGGCCGGGCCGAGCGGACGAUGCGAGCGUGAGCAUGUGCGACAUCCCGUCCAGCCCCCGAUGACUGCGUAAAUGACAGCGGACGUCAGCUUCACUAAGCGGGCCGCAGCCGAAAUCAGCCGCCGUUUCAACGGCCUGUCCGUGCGGGCGAAGAACGGUUCGGCCAGGGACCGCUGGCCGGAGAGGAAGUUAAGUAAGGCGGAGAGAUCGGCCCGCCUGGCCGAAUUGAUGGCCAGCCUAUCGAAGCCCCGUUCGCAGGAGGACCUGUGGCAGGACCCGCCAUUCCUGGCCAACUUCUUUUUUUACCUAGCGCCCGAGGACAGGUGCGUGGCGGCUCAGGUGUGCACGGUGUGGCGGGACAUCCUCUAUCAACCUUGCUACUGGAAAGGGGUACUGCCCGUCCUCAGGUGUCGGGAGCUCAGGUGUCACGGAGGCGAUUUGGCCGGUACGGCCGAGAUGAGGAAGAAAGUAUACACCAGUCUGGAACGUCGGGGUUUCGAAUCGGUGGGACUGUUCGGCGCUAACGACGACGAUGUGUACGACUUCAUCAGCAACUGUCCACAAUCGCAAGUGCCGCACGUCUGCCAUUUGGUGUUGAGAUGCUGUAACAUCACCGACAAAGGUUUAGAAGCCCUAUUGGAAACGUUGCAGGCUAUCGUGCAGUUGGAGUUAUCGGGGUGCAACGAGAUAACCGAUGCGGGUCUGUGGGCCGGCCUCAGUCCUCGCAUCGUUUCCUUGAACUUAUCGGAUUGCAUCAACGUGGCGGACGAAAGUGUGGCCGCCGUCUCGCAGCUUUUACCUUCUCUGUACGAAUUUAAUCUCCAGGCUUAUCACGUGACCGACGCCGCUUUGGCCUUUUUCGGUCCCCAACAGAGUGCCAGCCUUUCGGUGCUGCGUCUCAAAUCUUGCUGGGAACUGACUAAUCACGGUCUAUUGAAUUUGGUCCACGUGCUGCCUAAUCUGACAGUUCUCUCCCUAUCGGGAUGCUCCAAAAUUACGGACGACGGGGUAGAACUCCUGGCCGAGAAUCUCCAUCAGUUGCGAUCUCUGGAUUUGUCAUGGUGUCCUCGAAUCACGGAUGCUGCUCUCGAGUACAUCGCUUGUGAUCUGACUCCACUGCAGGAACUAACGCUAGACAGAUGUGUUCACAUAACAGACAUCGGCCUGGGUUAUCUUUCCACCAUGGUAAAUCUCAACGCUCUGUAUAUUCGAUGGUGUUCACAAGUUCGAGACUUUGGCCUACAGCAUUUAUGUAGCAUGAGGAAUCUUCAGAUCCUUUCGGUGGCAGGUUGUCCUCUGUUGACGUCGAGCGGUCUGUCGUCUCUCAUUCAACUACGCCAUCUACAGGAACUAGAACUAACUAAUUGUCCGGGUGCAUCGAGAGAACUUUUCGAUUACCUUCACGAACACCUACCGAAAUGUCUGAUUAUCGAAUGAACAGUUUAAAAAAAAAAACAACUGCUGCUAAUCCUGCCACAAUCGGGAAUAAACAUAAAAAAAACUAGUUGGUUUAAUAAAUUAAUUAAAUAAAUAAAUAAAACGAAGGUGGAUAUGUGCUCUAUUACUAUUUUCCCUGCAAAAUGUUGGAAGACACAAGAUUGUUUCUGUUAGAAGUACAGUACAUAUGCAAAAAAAAAAAAAAAUACCUUCGUCAUUAGUUAAAACGAGCUUUAUUUCGAUCAGAAGUUAUUUUAAAGAGGGAUUUCACCUUGAUUUACAUCGAAGCAGUUCUUUUGCCUGAUUUAGUCACCACUUGUAUAUUCGCGAUUUUAAUCAUAAACAAUGCAUUAGAUGUACAAAGUCCGAAAAAUAUUAAUAAUAAUAAUAAUAAUAAGAGGACAAAACGUCUGAUGAUAUCGACGAGAAAUUGUUUUGUCUUUUAUUAACGUUAAGCAUUUAGUUUCCGACUAGAAAGGAAGGAUUCCUUGUUUAUGUACAAAGACUUUUUUAAGGGAAUUUUUUAAACAAAAAAAAAAAAAUAAAAAGUGGUCACGUUAUAUAGUGUUUUACUGUUGCUUGUAUUUCGCUUUACACGUAACGGAGCUGAUGUGUAUGUAAAAUAAGCUUUGUACCAUCACAACUUUCCACUCUAGAUGUUGGUGAAAACUUAAAAAAAAAAAUAUAUGUAUAAAAAACAAAAAAAAAUUAAUUAAUUAAUUAAUUAAAAAAUAAAGCUCAAGUUUAGAAAAUCGAGAGAAUAGUAAAAAUUGCAGCAAUUCAUUAAUAAACCUUUAUUUCCCUCCUCUUUCGUUUUUUAUUUUUUAUUUUUAGGUCUACAUAUCGUAUUUAAACGGGAAUGCUGCAAUUCGUGUGUGGGAGAGUCGAAAGUUCGUUUUUAAAAAUAUCACCUAUGCUUGUGAGUGUUAAUUAUGUAAAAAUUUGGGGAUCGAAUGUUUGAAUAUUUGAACGUUAUGAAAGGAUUGUUGACGAAUGACCGACCCCUCUUUGCAAAAGGCUGUAUUUGCUUUGACACGUGUUAUAUAAGUCAUGUUUGAACAAAGAUUGAAACAAUAAAAUAUAUAUAUAAAAAAAAUCUA